AUGAAACGUCGAUAUGAAGACAAAGCCACAAUUGCUAAUCGUCAUCUGCAGUUGUUGCUCGAUAUUCCCAUUAUGCAAAGGGAAGCAGGAGGACUGCUGAGACAAACAUUGGACAGUAUAUUGAGACAUCUCCGUGCCCUCGAGCAGCUCAAGGAUAAUUUAGAUGUGAGCGCGUUGACUAAUUUUUUGGAGGAGCGAUGCUUCAUUCUAAAGCCAGAGAAUCCGAAAUCCGAAGCGGGAAAAACAGCCACAGCAACAGAUAAACGAACAUCAAAGCAAACAAAGAGAUCUGAGCAAUCUAGUUCUUUCGCUACUACGAGCGGUGGAAAACAGGGUUUGCGCAAAUGUGCUCAUUGUCAGGAGGAGUCACAUGUCAUUUAUUCGUGUCCUAAAUUUCAGGCAUUGGACGUCCCGAAAAAGCAGCUUCUAGUAAAGGCAUUGAAGCUCUGUUGGAAUUGUGUGCGGAGCAACCAUUUCGCAUCAAAUUGUACUUCGACUCAUUGCAAGAAGUGCAAUAGCAAACAUAAUACGCUACUACAUGUCGACGAAGAAGCAGUCGAAGCAAAGCAGCAGCCAGACGAUGGCAGUCAUUCAAGUACAAAUAAGGCUGUGGCUUUAACCUCAACAAUCAAUCUUCAGCAGCCGUCACCGUCACAGGUCUUGCUGUCAACAGCUCGAGUGUGGAUGCUCAAUGCAAAUAGUGGCCGCAUUGAAUGCAGAGUGAUACUCGACUCUGGAUCUCAAUUAAACUUCAUGACUAGAGAGUUAUGUCGGCGUCUAGGAUUACCUACGCAAAUUCAGGACUGUUGUGUCAAAGGAUUGGGUCCAACAAUCGAACUUAAUCAAACUACCGAAGCAGUCAUUCAAUCCAGGCACACGGCUUACUGUACUAAGGCACGAUUCCUCAUCACGGAGCAGAUAUCAGAAAGAUUACCCAUGGCUGUAAUCACUGUGGAUCAUCUUACCAUUACCAUCAAAUCUACGCUUAGCGGAUGA